AUGCCGGUCAAUGUCCCGGUGGAUGACCCGAACGCAGACACAGAAUGGAACGACAUUCUCCGGAAACAUGGCGUCAUUCCCGAGAAACCGCCUUCACCGACUCCCAUGAUCCAGGAGGCACUCGAACAAGCCCGAGAACUGGCCCAUGAAAAUCGCCUCGAGGGCAAGGACCUGGAUGAGCUGGACGAGCUCGAAGACGAGGAAGAUGACGCUUUCCUCGACAUAUACCGCCAGAAACGAUUCGCCGAGCUCGCCACUCUCCAAAACGCAAGCGUCUACAAUCAAGUCUACCCCGUGCAGAAGCCGGACUAUGCGAGGGAGGUCACGGAGGCCAGUCAAAAUGCUUGGGUAUGUGUGUUGCUGACAAGCUCGAGUGGUACCAAUACCGAGUCAAGAGUUAUGAUUGAGGUAUGGCGGGAAGCGGCGAAGAAGUUUGGAGACGUCAAGUUUUGCCAGAUGCAGGCGGAUUUGUGCAUCGAGGGCUACCCGGACAAAAACACGCCCACAAUACUGGUUUAUCGUAAUGGAGACAUUAAGAGGCAGAUUGUCACAUUGAUGGAGCUCAACGGAGUCAGAACAGGCAUGAAGGACUUGGAGGGCCUGCUGGUAGGGCUAGGAGCAGUCAAAGUCGGCGAUUCGAGGUUGAGGAGGAAAGAGGAGGAAGAAGAUGAGGAUCCAGCGGCAAGGCCGGGCAAAUCGAUCAGGCAGAGUGCUAGAAAGACUGGUGAUGAUGACGACAGCGAUUGGGAUUGA